ACCCCGGAAGAUUUCGCUAUCACAUCCAGCUUUUCUUUCUCGUUCUUCUUCGAUGAUGGAAACGGUCUCAAGUCUCUGCAAUCAGAUGGAAAUACAAUAAUUCCCGGGGAAGCUCAAGUUGCUGAUCAAGAUAUCUCUACUUUGGAUGAGAACAAAGGCACUGACCUUGAAACUGAUGACGUUCUGACGGAUCCAGCUCUCAAGGGUCAAACUGGAAUCGGGUUUUUGAGGGACAUCAAACUGCCAAUCAUCAAAAUAAAGACCCUGCCUGUUGAAAAGGAUGAUGAGACCAAUGAAGAUAAUAAGGUGACCUCCGGGCAUCUCCGCUGCUGGUGGCUGCCGGCCAAAGGGGUGAACAAGUUCGGCAUCAUCCCACUCUGCCUGCUCUUCGCCUGCCUCAUCCUAAUGAUGGUGGUCCUCCUCCGUAUGAUGUUCCUCCUCCGCCGCCUCCGCUCGCGCAUGCGCGCCCGCGCCCAAGCCCGCGCCAACUCCUCCAAGCCCACUCAGCCACUCAUCGUCGACGAAAAGUCGGCCUGCUAUCUGCCCAUCAACAGCGACCUGCCCGACAAGUAUGCGCAGUUUUUGGCCGCCGACAGCGGCGCAUGCGCAGGCCUCGCCAAGGUGCCGCCGCCCAAGUAUGAUGAGGUCAUCGUCAUCGAUGCCAAAAUGGCGGAGGCGGCUGGCGGAAAACCCACCGAGACCAUUUAAGAGGUGUUGGUGGAGAGGGGGGAAUUGUUGGCGCCAAGUUUGAAAAGUAAUGUAAUUUGAAUGUUGGCGCCAAAUUUAAGUUGGGUUAGGUUGUUUUGGCACCAAAACGGUCACGUUUCAGUUUUGGUGCAAUAACUUGAGAGAAAUUUGGUUGGCUGUAAAUUUUUGGGCAGUCCCAAAGGUAUGAAUUUUGUGAUCAUAGUAUUGUUGUGACCAUACUUGGUGGCUAAUAUAUAUAAUAUAAUGUCUUUUCCAAUAUCUAAGAUUCAAGAGCUUCACAUUUUUGCACUUCAAAUUUAAUAUUCAAUCGUGUGAAUGAGUUUUAUUCCAGCUCUAGAAAGCUGAAGAAAAGCAAUCUUUACUGAUUUUAGUAUUUUAAUUCCAUUAAGAUUUUGAUUACUGGUUCUCUUCAUAAAUAAGAAUUUUUCUAUUAUGUUUCAAAACUCUUCAUCUCUGAUUAUCCCAAUUUAAACUUACAUAACUUUUGAGUUCAAUUUUUAUUUCCAAAAUCAUGUUACUUGUUUGAGUUUAUUUUCCAUGUUAUAUUCUCACAAAAUUUGAGAAGUUUGAUGUUUUCUGUUACGUUUCUUAAAAGCUAUCAGCAAUUAGCAAGAUUUGUCAAUUUUAUUUUGUUAUUGUAUUAUUUUAUUUUUCCUGAAAUUCUUGAAAGUUUCCAACUCUUGAGUAUUCAAGGAGGAUACAUUUUGUUCCAGUAUCAAAAAUCGUCUAGAGUUCUAUUAUUUUGUAUUGUUUAAAAAAUGUCUAGUAAUUUCUAAAAAAUGCUAAAUUCUAGUUAUUCCUCUCGAAAUGUAUUACCUUGUAAUCAUUCUGUGUAUUUCCAGUUAAAUACUCAGCCUGUAUCUCUAGAAAAAAUUUCUAUUAAUGUCUUUAGUAAGACCAAUUUUCAAUAUAAUUAUUAUAGAAAAAUUCAAAUUUCAUGGUUCCGUUUGGAAAUUUUUGAGACUGAUUUGUGGUGUUGGUAAAACUAGUCUUAACUUUCAGCUUGUGUCAUAUUCAAUUUAAUUUUAUUUAGUUUUAAAAUUGUCAAAUUUUGAAAACUUUCUUACAUGAUUUUAAGGCAUUAAUAACCUAAUUAUUGGAGUAAACUCGUGAAAUCUCCAGUAUCAAACUUUAUUACAACGACUUGUUGAUCUCUAUAGAAAUUUUCAGUUUGAAAGUUGAGAUUUUCUAUAAAAAUAAUUUAUUUUAAAAUAUCAUGUUCUAAAACAUUCCAAAAUCGAUAUCAGGCACACAUUUGUAUACUGUUUCCCAUGCUAUUUUUUGAAAACAUGUAAUUUUAUGCCAACUUAUUAUUAUCAUUUGACAUAAUUCACAGUCGUUCUCAUCAAGUUUAGAUAUUUAAAUUGUUACUUGUAUUGAUUUCAAUUGAAUGGUUAGAUUAUAUUAUUCUACAAUCUCAAAUUGCACGUAUACAUAAGUUAUUAUAAAAACUGAAGCACAAUAUGAGUGAGAAUUUUAGUAAAAUGUUAUUAAUAUCCAUGAAUUAUGAGAUUUGGAACUAUAGUUUCGGUUUAUUAAAUUAUUUAUUGAUCUUAGUUUGUUUCGAUUUUAGUUCAAAAUUGUUGAUUCGAAAACAUUAGUAGUUGAGUGUGUACUCUAAUUCAUUGAAUAACAUAUUGUAAGAGUUUAGAUUACACCACUUCGUGAAAUACAGUGUUUUUGAAUUUG